AGCCGGCCGGCCCUGCCCGCGGACCGGCCGGGGCGGGAGGGGCUCCGCGCCUGACGUGAUGGGCCCCGGCGCGGCCGCCCCCGGGCAGGAGCACGCGGGGCGCAGGGCGGGCGGUAUCCUCUCCCCCGGCCCCUGCGCCGGACUCGGGCCGGCCGCGCGGGCGGCGCUCCCCCCUCGCCGACUGCGCGCCGCCCCCGGGGGGCGGCGGUGAAGGACCUGCCCGGCGCCCCGCUAUUUAUUCGCCCCCCACGCCCCCUUCCUCCUCCGCCCCUCUCUUUCCCGCGCCGCGGGCGGGCCAUGGCUGGCGGCGGCGCGGUCGGCCCGGCGGACGAGCAGUGAGGGCGGACGGAGCCCCUCUUGUCGUCGGGGCGCGGCCGCACCAUGUCGGCCGUCGCGUACGUGGACUUCGUAGCGGCGCAGUGCCUGGUCUCCAUCUCCAACCGCUCCGCCGUGCCCGAGGCGGCGCGGCUGAAGGUGCCGGGCGAGGGGGAGGCGGCCCGGGAGCUACGCGACCCCCGCGACGCCUGGAAGGACUACUGCGCCCUGCUGGCCAUCGCUAAGAGCCUGCUGGAGCUGAACAAGUACCGGCCGCUGCCCGCCCCCUCCGUCUGCAGUGACAGCGUGGAGAGCCCCGACGACGACGCGGGCUCCGACAGCGACGCGGCCACCGAGCAGGGUUCCAGCCCGCCCCGUAGCCCCCCGCCGGGGCCGCCCCCCCGCCUGCGCGCCGCCGGGGCCGCCCCUAAGGGGAAGCUGGCGGCCGAGAAGCGGCACAAGUGCCCCUACAGCGGGUGCGGCAAGGUCUACGGCAAGUCUUCCCACCUCAAGGCGCACUACCGGGUGCACACAGGUGAGCGACCAUUCCCCUGCACGUGGCCCGACUGCCUUAAAAAGUUCUCCCGCUCUGACGAGUUGACACGGCACUACCGAACCCACACUGGUGAGAAGCAGUUCCGCUGCCCCCUCUGCGAGAAGCGGUUCAUGCGGAGCGACCACCUGACCAAGCACGCCCGCCGCCACACCGAAUUCCACCCCAGCAUGAUCAAGCGAUCCAAAAAGUCCAGCUCCAGCAGCUCCUUGUGAAGGCAGGGCUGGCCCUGGGGAAGGAGUGGAGAAGAGGCAGGCUGUGGCGAGGGUGCGGGCAGUGAUGCCAGAACACAAGCAUCCACUGCGCUGCCGGUCACCCUUGCUGUCCAAAAGCACAUGUAGCCGGCAUUAAAAGAAAAAGUACUCAGUAUCCCCCUCCCUAUCUUCCACCUUCUAGCUCUGCCCUGAGAACAGUCUGGAACAAGCGGACUGUGGGGUGAGAGGAGGGAAGGGGCAGCCAGGGAGGAGGCAAUCACCUCUUCCAAUGUAAUGCGUUGGUACUGGUGUACAUACAUAGGACUGGGCGGUCUGGCCUGUGCCACCACAGUAGCAUGACCCCAAAGUCUUUGUGAUUGCUGUGUCAUGAACAUGUUUUGUUGAACAGUGUAAUGCUGCUUGUAUUUAGAGUCUGUUGAGUAAAAACACUUUCCGAGUCACAUAAAUAACUCAGAUAAAAACUCCAUAGCACAUUGUA